CCUAGGCGGGCAGAACAGGAGAAUCCAAAGGCGUGGUGGGCGGCUUGAACCAUGGCGGACGCGGAGAAAAACGCUGUUGCGGAGAAAAACGCUGUUGCGACCAAAGAGGUUCUGGCGGAGGCAGCAGCUGUUCUAGAACCUGUAGGCUUGCAGGAAGAAGCAGAGCUGCCUGCUAAGAUCAUGGAGGAGUUUAUGAGGAACUCGCGGAAGAAAGACAAGCUGCUUUGUAGCCAGCUUCAAGUAGUGAACUUCUUACAGACUUUUCUGGCUCAGGAGGAUAACCCUGACCAGAACCCAGAUGCGUUGGCUUCUGAAGAUGACAGUCGACAAAAGGCAACUGAAACUAAGGAGCAGUGGAAGGACAUGAAGGCCACAUACAUGGAUCAUGUGGAUACCAUAAAAUGUGCCCUGUCUGAGGCCUUACCUCAGGUUAAAGAGGCUCACAGGAAGUACACAGAGCUUCAGAAGGCUUUUGAGCAACUCGAGGCUAAGAAGCGAGUCCUUGAGGAGAAACUUCAGCUAGCUCAGAAGCAGUGGGUGCUGCAACAGAAGCGUUUGCAGAAUCUGACAAAGAUUUCUGCAGAGGUCAAGAGGCGCCGGAAGAGGGCUCUGGAGAAGCUUGACGGAUCCCACCAGGAACUGGAAACCUUGAAGCAGCAAGCAGGACAGGAACAGGAGAAGCUGCGGAACCAGAGCUACCUCCAGCCACUGUGUUCCCUGCAGAAUAAGCUGGCCAUCUCUGAGGGCAAGGCUGAGGACAAAGAUGUCAAAGGGCGAGCCCUUCCAGCCAAAUCCAAAUCUCCUUAAAGAUGAAAGGAUGAGAAGAGAGCCAGAUUC